CGUGGAGGUGGCAUUGAGGGUGCAGGGGCGAUCGGGCUACAGGCUCGGUGGAGGCCCAGUGAGGGCCGGGCGUGUGCCGGGCCCUCCUUAGGGCUCCCAGUGGGGACGGUGGAGUCAUCGAGGCGGGCGGUCGGAAGGGACGGCCAGAGCAGAGGUCCUAGCGGGGUCCUGGAGGUGGGAAGGACCCUGGGCCAGUGCUUCACUGGCUCCGAGACGGGUGGCAUGGCCCAUUUGGGGGCUGUCACCCGCAAGGUUUGGAGGAGGCCUUGCUGCUGCAGGGCCAGUUUGGAUUAUGGCAGCCGCCCAGGAGCCAUGGGGUGGAAGGUGAACUAGGACCUUGUGAAGUUGAGGUGUUUUAGGGGUGGCGACAGGGUCAGGUCAAGGGUGGUGGGUGGACAACCACGGAGUUGAAGGCACUGUAGGAAGAGCGGGUGUGCAUGGAUAGCAAGGUGAGUGUGCAGAGCACCCUGUUCCGACUGGACAGCCAAGGCUGGGGUCUGCUGGACAUCCAGGUCUGGGGGAGUUGUUGGGAAAUAGGGAGUUCUCAAAGCCAUGGGGCACGAUCGCUCAGGGACUGAUAAAAGAAGGAGUCUCCAGAGGAGGAAGAGGGUCCCGGCCAGGCAGUUCUGGAGAAACCACAGUGGUGGCCCAGGCGUGGAAGGACCGGCUUGGCCACCCAAGGUCACUGGUAAUGAAAGCUCCCUCCCUGCAGCUCCAGGAUAACUGAGAGCUCAUUGUCCCCUCCUGGGGGGGCGGAGCGGAGAAAGAAGGUUAAUCUUGAGAGUGGGCUGGGCACCCACAGGUGAGUCAGCCUUUGGAUAACUGAGCUUUGCAGAGUGUGGAAACUGAGCAGGUUCUGUAGGAUUUGUCAACAGGUGGGCCGUGUAAGCUCAUGGUCAGGCUAAUAUAGGUCAGGAGUUUAGUAUAUGCAUCAUGGACCUAAGGCCCAAGCCAGCCACACUUGCUGGCUGUGUGACCUUAGCUUGUUAUUUAGCCACUCUGUCCUUGUUUCCUCUGCAGUGAAACGGAGAUCAUAGCGUUGCUGUGGUAAGGUUUGAAUGAGUUCAUCCGUGUCAAGUUCUUAGAACAGUCCUGGGGACGGACUGUGUCUGAGAAAUGUCAGUGCUCAGCGGUUCAUUACCUUUGCUGAUUUCAGGACGGCGUCAGUGGAGCUGCACGUCCCUUGCCUGAAUUUAGCUCCCAGCCUGGCACGAGAAAGACUGCUGCAGUUGUGUGGGGGAUGUGGCUGGCCGUCCCCUCCAGUGCGGCCAGUGCCGCUCCCGUGAACCCCGACAAACCAGGCGAGGCUGCUGCAUCCCCUUUGAUGACUGGCUUCUUUUCCUGGAGUUGCUAUUUGUCUUUUUUAUUUGCUGUGUGUCCUCGGGAGUCUAACCUCCUUACACGGGCCGCCAGCUCUGCCAGCAUCUUCCAUGCAGCCUCGGCACGUUUGAGCUCUUCCAAAUCCCCGCUGCCCCUGCUUUGGCGCAUCUGGGACUGGGGCCCCGGGGUCAGCCGCCUCCAGCCUUCUGACCGUCACCCGGCCCUCCAGCAGCAGAGCCUCCCUCUGCUCCAUUCAGCAGUCCUGGGGGUCGCUGGGCAGCCAGGGGCUUCGUGUCUCCUCUCCAGCCUCAGCAGUGUUUACUGUCAGCCCUGCCCUGAGCAGCCGGCCCAGGAGCCUCCCGUCCCCCUGUUCCAGGCAGAACACAGCACCAGCCUGCUGGCUGGGGAGACCCGCUGGCCAGGGCCCCAGGGGCCUUGUGCCAAGGCAGGAAACCCGCCCUCGGGGCGCCAGCUUCCUCCUGCCCAGCAGCCGCUGGUGUAGUGAUCAGACAGCACGGUCGUGCCUGGGUGUCGGGCUGCUGUGGCCGCUCCUGGAACUCGUACUGUCGGUUCUGGACAGUGUGACCCUUGCCAGCAUCAGACCUGUGUCUCCCUGACCAGCCUGUGCAAAUGUGAGACUGCGGGUGACCUGGUUCUCGAAGCUUCAAAAACAACCCAGUAUCGUCCAAGUCAAUCCAUUGUUCUAAGCAUUGCAAGGCAAAGUCCACAGUUGUGUAACUUUCCCCUCAGCUGAGGCCCUGGGACUUUGUGAGACGCCAGGAGGGAGCACGGGGCAGCUGCUGGCCUCGGCGUUCCCGCCUGCCCCGCUGCAUUCCGGGCCUGGCUCUUUUGGGCGGCCACAAGGGGAAUGCAGAGUGGCUUGCUAGAGAGCUGUUGGGUGACCCUGGGCUGAGCCUGGCCGCCAGCCGCGGAGGGAGGGAGGAGCCGGGUUCCUCCCACCAGCAGGCUUGGGCUCCUGUUACCAGCUGCUUUUAGUGCUUGGGCCGUAAUAGGGCUGCCAGCUCCCCUUCCUGGCAGGGGGCCACCUACAUGCUGGCUGCGUGAGGGGUGGGGGCUGCAGGAAAGGGCUCCCUGCCCCCCACAGCCCGGCCGGACAGUCUCCUUUGUUCUCCACUGGGACACUUGUGGAGCUUCCCACUCCCUGAGGAUCCUGCAGGAUCCCAAACUCACUUUUUCCACUCUUUCCUGAUUCCCCAUGGAGACACAUUUAAGGGAAAUUAAACUGGAGGAUGCGAAAGAAUCUUCAUUCAAGUGAGCCCAAGGCACGUGCAUCUCCGACUGUAUACGGUGUCCUCGCCCAAGAGAAGUGGGUUGGGGCAGGCCACUCACCUGGAUGCUGGGCCCAGGGCUGGGACUCAGGGCUGUUCUCACUUUCUCAGGGGUGACGUGGGGUGGCCACAUGCCGUGCUGACCUUCAGAAUGCAGGUGGGUUGGGGGAUUCCUUCAAAUGCAUCGACGUGUGGAUUGAGUCCGAGGUUUCUAAGGUUCCGGAUAAUUUCUGGAUGUAAAUUGCUCCAACAGAAGUUGCCCUGGACUCCCGUUGCUGGUGUUCCCGAUGCAGCAGAGACUCUCCUGCGGCCCCUGAGCUGAUGGUGAAGCCCUGCCACAGAGGGGGCUGCGCCCCGGACUGCUGGACUCGGCUCCCCUGGCUCCAGACCGUUGGAGUUGAUGGCAGGUGGAUCGGAACUUGGGUCCCUGGGAAGUGAGUUGUCUUUGUGGUCAACCCAUUGAAGAGAUGGAUUUGGACCAAUUGGACCUGAAUCCCAGAAUUAUUGCUGCAGUUAAGAAAGACUUGCAGAGACUGACCAGCCUCUCUGGCCCUGACGUGCAACACCUGCUGAGAGCAGCUGCCAUGCACCUGCAGGGGAGCAGCGUCCUCACAGCGCUCCACCUGCACCAGCAGAAGGAGAAGUUCCCUGCGCAGCACCAGCGCCUGAGCCUGGGCUGCCCGGUGCUGGACAGGCUCCUCCGGGGUGGCCUGCCCCUGGAUGGCAUCACUGAGCUGGCUGGCCGCAGCUCCGCCGGGAAAACCCAGCUGGCACUGCAGCUCUGCCUGGCCGUGCAGUUCCCGCGGCAGCACGGGGGCCUGGAGGCCGGGGCUGUCUACGUGUGCACCGAGGACGUCUUCCCGAGCAAGCGUCUGCAGCAGCUCAUGUCGCAGCAGCAGCACCUGCGGAGGGAGGUCCCAGAAGAGGUGGUCAGGAAGAUAAGAUUUGGCAACCAGAUCUUCAUUGAGCACGCGGCUGACGUGGACACCCUGCUGGAGUGUGUGAGUAAGAAGUUGCCUGUGCUGCUGUCUCGGGGGAUGGCGCGCCUGGUGGUCAUCGACUCUGUGGCAGCCCCAUUCCGCUGUGAAUUUGACGGCCCAGCUUCGGCCCCCAGGGCCAGGUGUCUACAGGCCCUGGGGGCUGCACUGCGCCAGCUGAGCUGCACCUUCCAGAGCCCAGUGCUGUGCAUCAACCAGGUGACGGAGGCUGUGGAGGAACGGGGCGAGGCACCAGGGCCACCGGGGCUCUGGGACGAGCGGACUUCUCCAGCCCUUGGAAUAACCUGGUCCAACCAGCUCUUAAUGAGGCUGAUGGCCGAUCGGCACCACCCCACGGAGGCCGUCCUCACCCCGCCCAGCCACCCUGCUCGCACUCUCAGGGUGAUCUUCGCCCCUCACCUGCCCCCCUCGUCCUGCUCCUAUACAGUCAACGCUGAGGGCGUGCGAGGGACGCCCGAGACCGAGGCUGCUGACCCAGCAACUGCAGAACACUAACCAGAUCCCGGCAGAGCCUUCCAAAGUCCACGGACACAGGGGACCACCAUCUUUGACUCAGCACACCCAUCACUGGGUUAGAGUCCCCUCGGAGGUGUCUGUCGCACUUUCUCAACCAAAGAGACAGUGAGCAUGGAUACCGCCCCCUGCGCCCCCCCCCCCGCCCCCACCCAGGGCUGUGCCUUCCUCUCCCUGGGUUUUGGGACACACCCAGCUCUUGGCCAUGAGCACGUGUCCUCCACUGCCGCACUGGCCCUUGCAGGUGCUGGCAGCUCCCCGGGUGUCUCUACAAUGAGCUCCUGGAAACCUCAGCCUCACAAGGAGCAGCUUUCUCUGUCUUCUGUGUCCACGUCAGCUCCCACCCGGGAUGGAGGCCAACAGUCUUCCCUGGCCCCUCCCAGUGAGGUCUCCACUCUGCUCCCCUGCAGGCUCCUGCCCUCCUUCCCGCCGGCUGCGUCCCCUUCCCCCACUGCUCCAGCCGCAUCAGGCCGCAGUCAGAUGAGCUCCCCACUGGCCCUCACCCCCUGUUGGGAUGUUGGCUCCCAGCCCCCAACACACUCCCCACUCCCAAAACUCCAAUUUAGAACAGGGUGCAGAAAACAGACACCAAGCUGACUGUAGGCUAUGGGGUCCAGGAGAGGUGUCUGGGAGUGGGAUGGGGCUUUAUUUUACUUUUGUGUUGCCUCUGCCACCAGCCCGAGCUGGACAAAGGAGCAAGACACAACUAUGGGCACUGACUUGGCCCAUCUGCUAGGAAAACCAGUUCUGGGCAAACGAGAGUUUUGUUUUGUUUUAAAAAAAACACAUCCCACCAUGUUCUUGCUGCCUCCCCAAGCCUGGCCUCAGUGGUCAGGACAUCAGCCCUGGCCUGGCAGGACCUGCUGCACAGACCCAGCUCCCACACCAUGGCUGGGGGCCUUACUUCCAGCUAGAAAGUGGGAUCUCCUGUCAGCUAGGGUCCUGCUCCAUCUUGCUACGAACUCCAGAAUCUGACCAUCUGGUGGAGACACAAGACAUGAGGGACAUGAUUGCCCGUCCAGAGGACAUGGCCUUGGCACAGGCAGAGCUGUGCCCGUCUUCAUCCUCAUCAUCCCCACCCCCCAGUGCCUCACCAUGCUGCCUGGCACAGAGUUGAUCUUGGAGAAAUAAACGUGCUAAGUGACUGCUGUUGUA